UUCAUGCUCACCGUCGGUACGUCUCUUCGCUUAAUGGGCGAUAAAACUAUGGAGCACUUAAAAGCAAAAAAUAUAUACCCAUCUAUGUGAUGAUAUAGGGGCUAGGAGCAUAUAAACGAAGAGAUAACGAUAUAAACAGCGGCGGAAGAGGCUCCGAAAAACAGUCGAGUCUGGAACGUCGCUGAGUUUACACGAACGAACCGAAAGCUUUUGUAGAGCACCAAAGUCAAUAUCCCGGAGUUAUCAUGUUGAAGGCGAUUAUUGUAUUUGCCACUAUUUUGGUGGCCGUGGCCUUGGCCAUGCAGCCCCUGGAGGAUAAUGAGAGACACCACCACCUAAACCACAAGCACCAGUUGACCCAGCACCACCAUAAGUUACAGGAGCCGAGGCACUCGGCCAAGGAGCACACCAAACAUGGAAAGGAGGUGCACCACAUUGAUUCCCACCUUAAGGAGCACAAAGACCAUGGCCAUGGAAAAUCGACCUCCCAAAGGAACAGUAGACAGGCCAAUAAGAAGGAGCAGAGUUAUAAGAAGAGUCACCAUCAAAAGGAGCACCACAAGCACGUGGACAACCACGCCCGGAAAGCCCGAUCCCAUUCAAAAGGCAGCCAACACCACAGCAAGAGACACACGGGACAUCGCCACUAGGGAAGAUAUGUCACUAGGACAUAUCCUAUUUAAAUCCUAACUUAUGUGUAUGUAAGCUGUAUUAAAGUCAAGCCCACAUAAAUUCCAAAUACAGUA